AUUACUUUCAUUUAUACUUAUUAUCUGUUUUCUUCUUUGUGAUUAAUUGUAAACAAGGUGCCAUACCUCGUUGGUUUAAUCAGAAACACAUCAAUAAAUAAUUGCUUGAUUGUAUACUUUAAAAAAUGACUACUAUAGCAGGCUCGACGUGGGAAGAUGUGAGAAAACAAGCUCGUUUGUUAGAAAAUGAUAUAGAUGUUAAGUUAGUAGCGUUUAGUAAACUUGGAAUGAGCACUACAUCGUCGGGGCUCAGCUCUGAAACGGCCCCACUUAUUAACAGCGAUGAUAUGUUUGACACCAUGUCCAUGGAACUACAGCAGCUUUUAAAUAAGUUAUCAAGUAUUAACGACAGAAUGGCAGACUUAGCUCCAAGUGGGACGGCUACGUUACACACUAUCAAGAGACACAGAGAAAUUCUUAUGGAUUACCAGCAAGAGUUCCAGAAGACGUCGGUGCGCGUGUCGGCGCGGCGCGAGCGCGAGGAGCUGCUGCGCGGCGCCAGCCCGCCGCCCGCCGCCGGCCUCAGCCGCCGCGACCAGUUCUCCAAGGAGGCCAACCACCUGCACAGUUCUCAUAUUCUAGUGGACGAACAAAUAAACAUAGCGAUGGAGGCCCGCGAGCACCUCACAUCGCAACGGCAGGCGUUUAAGAGGAUGCAGACUAGAUUUAACGACAUCACAAACAGGUUCCCGAUGUUAAAUAGCCUUAUAUACAGAAUAAACGCUCGCAAACGACGUGACUCCCUCAUCAUCGGUAUCGUGGUCGCCAUUUGCACGUUCCUCUUACUGCUGUAUGCAUUCCAUUGAAUAUAUGUACAUAUAUAACAUACUCUGUGGAAAUAUAAGUAUAACUUUUUAAAGCCUUACAUGCUCAAGUCCCGCUAAUCAGAACUACAAUGGACCGGUCUGAAUCAUAGACUACAUAGUAAGGUACUCCCAAUGACAGUUCUUUAUUCAAAAGAGGUGGGAUUUUUUUGUUUUUAUUAUUUCACACUUGCAACAUUGUAUUUAUUAUAGCCAUAAUAAUAAAUAAUUUAUCUGUUGUAAAAUUUCAUAGAGAAUAAUUGCGGAUCUCUACAGACGUUAAGUUUUUCUAAAAAAUGAUAGAUAUUUUUUUUUCAACGACAGAGACCCAAACUCCACUGGUUACUAUGGCAACCGGAAACUAAUUUGAUUGUUAUUUCUAAUUUAGUCGGUUAACGAUUUCACCCCGAGAACAUUUUCACGUCACGAACAUUUUCACUGAUAUUGUUUGUCUGUUAACAAAUCUAUUAUAAAUUUCUGUAUACGUGUUAACCGGAUAUCAUAUAUAUGUCGCGGAUUCAAAUUGAUUGCCAUUUUAAUGGCAGCCAUUGUCGUCCAAUAUGUUGAUUUUAUUAAAUCAGUCAGUGCGCACGUCCGGCGCUGGCGCUGUCCUGAGAGCAAGAGACCCCCGCGGUUCAAAGUCACGAUACCGCAGGCUUACCUUGCUUUCGUUAUUAUAUAAUAUUUACUUACACAGUCCUGUGAAUCCAAUACAAAAUACAUACUUAAAUAGUGACCAUGACGGCAUCCGUAGGGCCCCCGCCCUAAACGCUUUUAACGCGGCGUUUUAGAAACACAAAGGAUAUUCUCAGUUCUAUCUAUUGCAUUCAUCAUAUAUUAUUUAGUAAUAUACUUAUAUUUUCACCGAUUCAAACUUUAAUAAUUUUUUUUUUUUUUUUUUGUAUAAUAUUAUUUGUAUAACUUUAAAAAAUAUCCUCACAUUGUACUCUUUAAAUUUUCGCAAUGUUUAAUAUUCACUCUGUAUAUUUUAUUAGGAUUUGAACUCUAUUAGAACUUUGAGAAAAAUAAAUAGGUACCGAUACCUGAUGUAUUUAUAAAUGAAUACCUACUUUUACGAUUCCAAUUUCCAAUUGAUCGUUUUAAUAUUUGACUGUCACAGUGGACAAUUCUAUUCACAAUUUCACUAUCAGCUUCACAUUUAUCGGCCUUAGACACUUUGUUUCCUGCUAUUUUUUUAACGGUAAAAGACGUCCCAUUCUCGAUUUUAUCGCACGACUCUCGACACGAUUUUGACAGAAAAUUAGAAAAAAUCGUUAUCACUUUCUUACGUGUGGUAUCCCUAAGGGCAAUGACAAGGAUAGUAAUAUUUUUAACUGUGUCAAAUUAGUUCGUUUUAGAAUCAGCUCCAUUAUCUUUGAAGUCUUCUAAUUAUGAAAUAAAUUCGAAUUAUAUCGAAUGUUUGGUAGUUAGAACAUUGGAUAUUUAACGGAAAUCGUGCGUCCAUCCGCAUAUGAUAUUACCCAAGAGAGAGAAAGACGAGAGUGCCCAACAGUGGGACAUAAGCUGUUACUAGUUCUGAGACCAUCAAAUCAAACGAUAAUCGAAGUAAAAUACUACUCCCUAUGAAUUUUUAGAAUUGACAGAAGAAAUAUGUAUUAAUGAAGCAAAUUUAGGGUCUUAUAUCUCCGAAAUAGCUUUUAACAAUAAUUAUAUAAUAUAAAUAUUUACGAUAUAUUUAUAAAAGUUAAAUGUGUAAUAAAUAGAAUAAUAUUCGGGAGUUUUGUUGUUUUUCGUUUUCAGUAUAAAUAAAAAAACAACGGUUUUUUUUUAUAAAAUAAUGACUUUUCUUGGUAUGUUAACAAUUAUAAUUGUCAUGUUUUAUAAUAAAUAUUAUAGUGUAUAGGAGUGAAAAAGCAGUUAUUUGUACACGUGUAACAAGUCUAUCCCGAUAUAAAACCUUAUUUUAAGAAAUAUUGUAAA